GUUGAAUCCGAAGCACCAUGUUUAAACUCCUCCGUUUAUUUGUGUGGCUCUUCGGCGGAUUGGUUGUUAGUUCCAGCGAGGCUUUAGAUGGAUUCUAUACAGCAGGUGUGGCCGAGUUUCGACCGGCGAUAAUGGGCGGUACUUCACAACAGCUGUUGGAGGCAAAUCUGGCCGGUUAUCUGGAGCUCAUGGCACUGGGUAAUGGCACUACGGAUAUCAUUGUCUUCCCGGAGGCCACCCUAAACGGUGUGCUCACCCUAACAGCGGUGCCCGAGUUCACGAAACUGAGUUUGUGCGAAGAGCAGCCGGGUGAUGAUACCGAGAUAGCUCCUUUUCUGCGACAACUGGCCUGUGCGGCCAGGGAAUAUGGCACCUAUCUGCUGGUAAAUGUCAAGGAAAGGGCAACUGAUAAGUUUUCUGGGGCUAAUAUGAUCCAUAACACCAAUGUGGUCUUCGAUCGACAAGGAGCGGUGAUCUCGCGCUAUAGAAAGUGGAAUCUCUACCUGGAACCCUCGACCAAUCGAACGGAGGAGCCCGAGCUGGCCACCUUCCAAACGGACUUCGGGGUCACCUUCGGCCAUUUUGUCUGCUUCGAUAUGCUCUUUUAUACUCCGGCCCAGGAUUUGGUGGAGCGACUGGGCAUUCGCCAUGUGAUCGUCACCAAAAUGUUCAACUCGGAGCUGCCCUUUCUCACGGCCUCCCAAUUGCAACAGGGUUGGGCCUGGUCCAACCGGGUGAAUCUUCUGGCCGCCGGUGGGAGUCUUCCGCAGGCGGGAAUCAGUGGCUCUGGAAUCUAUGCGGGUGAACAGGGCGCCUUGGCCAGACUCAUGAUGAAGGAUGAGACGGAGGGUCAAAGGAAAUUGCUCCUGGCUCGAGUGCCCUUGGAUCCCGAGGAGGAGCCCAUGGAUAAUGAGCUACUGGAGGCGGAUGAGACGACUCCCAUCCGAUUGAAGUUGCUGCAGCAGCCGGAACUGAAGAAGUUUGCCACCUGGGAGCUGCCCAUGGUGGAAGGAAGUUCCGUGGACAAGAGGCUGUGCCAGGAGGAUCUGUGCUGUGAGUUCCGGAUCAAAUGGUCCCCGGUGGAUGGUGGGCAUAACUAUCGACUGGGGGUUUGGGUGGGCCAAAGGCGCUACGAGGAGGAGCAGUACAGUGCCAUCCGGCUAUGUGGUCUGUUUGCCUGCAGCAAUUCGAGUGUGGAAAGUUGCGGUCUAAUCAGCGAGGAGCAGCGGGAGCAACGAGUGGUGUUCACCGAACUGCAGAUCCUGGGCGAGUUUGUCCGACGACCCAGACGUCUCAUUAUGCCCAGCACACUCAGUUCCUCGCAUCUGUACGCCCUGCAACCCUCUCAACUCACCUGGUCCAUGGAGGAAUUGGAUAAUCUGACCAGAAUUAAGAUGGAACUGCGACAACCGCACAGCCAGCUAAUGACCUUCGCCAUAUAUGGCAAUUAUUUCGAUGAAUAUGCGAAUGGCGGAGCCGGCAGAUUGGGAACCCAGCUGGUUCUGCUAAUCACGACCCUAAUGAUGAUGCAUCUCAUCGGGGAGUAGGUAUUACUCACUUAUCUGUGGAUAACGAACUAGCCCAAGGUGGAGAGGAUUCAGGAUGCUUAAUUAGAAAUCUACAUUAAUCUUAACUUUAAGGAUGAUCACUAUAAUUAAAUAGUUAAAAAGAUUUUCCUUUUUUUAUAU